AUGCCCCCAGAGCCACGCCUUUCUCCCGCCUGGACUCCAUCGUCUAGUGCUCCUCUUCUCACCCCUGUCGCCAAAUCCUUCACCAUGCAGCUCACUGACCCAUCCGACGUUAGCUCGACAACCAGCAAGCACAAAGAAGACAAACUGCCGCAUGACGCCAGUGUCUUUGUAGGAAGCCUUCCAUCCAAUAUGGACCAAGGCGACCUGACUCGUCUGCUCAUGGAUCAUCUGUCGGAGCACACGCAAAUUAAGAAUAUCAAGGUCGUGCGAGAUUCGAAAGGUGGUGUCUGCGCUUUUGUUCAAUGCGAGAAUGCCCAAUCUGCAACGUCUUUGAUACAAACUCUGCACUCCAGUGUCCCCAGACCUUUUCUUGGACGCAUAUUGCGGUACGAACCCGCCCGGGCCUUUAGAUCUUUAAUUAUUUCUUAUCGCGAGCCAGUUCAGUAUAUGACUUCGACUGGCGCCAAUAUGGCUUUUAUUCGUAGUGAGGUCAAAUUAGAAUUGCCAACCGCCAUGAGAAUCUGGAAGCAUAGAAACUCUAGAUUUCACAAUAUUUUAUAUAAUGUAGAGGCUAUACAAGCGGCUGAAGCAUCUACCAGUAAAGCUUCAGAUGCUACUACCGAAGAUGAUGUCUUUCACCUUCAUCCUCUUAAGUUUGAUGAAAAUUCGUUACGCAGUCUAGCAUCAUACUUUGGCCCUCUUGAAAAAUUUUCACCGCUGCAGGUAGCAAAUGCGAAUGACAUUGACCCUCAGAUGCAAAUCCCGUUCGGGUCGUACCCAGAGCAGCACAGAUCUCCUCGUUUGCCCUCGAUGGAUGAUUUAUGCUGGGAAAUUAAAUGGGAGCACCGCGAUGAUUGUGUCAGCGCUUUAAUGACGCUUAGAAGAGUACCGCAUCUCACAGUGACUUGGGCUCAUCAGCCUAACACACCUGGACAAGGAUUAGGCCUGUCAGGUCAUCGCCAUCCUUUCCAAUCAUACUCUCCUCACAACAAUCGUCACCGCCCAUUUGUUCAUCAAUUGCCUCCCCAUCAUGCACAUGCCAACCAUUUUCAGCAGCUCACAUUCUCGACUGGAACCAUCAUCGGCCAUCCCAAAACCUAUCUUGUGGGGCCGAUGCAAAGUGCAAAUGACCAUGAUCCCGAAGUAAUGCAUGAAUCUUGGGCCGAUGAAUCUGAUUCCACUGUCACACGCAAUGAGAUCAAUUCCUGUCAACCUGGAGAGAGUGGUCAUAUUUCUUCUCCAGUUGCAGAAGGAUUGCCUCCCGUUGGUUCGGUGCGCGAAACCGCCACUGGCAAGGACACACAGGAGAACACUGACAAGGUUGAACCAAAAUUGCCAACACAACAAGAUCAAUCAAGGGAACCCUCCACGCAAGAUGUUAACUCAUUUGAUCAAGAUGGCCAAGAUCUUUUUAUACCUCCGACACCUGCUUUGGAUUCAUCCACUAUUACCCCAAUAACGCCGGAUUCCAAAUUUCCUACAACACCAGCUUCUUCUACAAAAAAUUAUCAUUAUCCCGCCAAAGGCUCUGACUACAAAGAAUCCUGUGGCUCAUCCAAAGACAACCGACAAGAGCGAGAAAUUGAUCCAACUACCUUGUUUGUUGGUGGUUUGGAAAUGUUCGGCCCCGGAGCAUGGAAUGAAGAGAAAGUCAAAGCCUUCUUUUCACGAUUUGGAGGUUUAGAAUAUGUCAAAGUCGUUCGUCCAAUGAAUUCAUGUGCGGCCUUUGCUUUUGUGAAAUUUAACAACACUGAAGCUCCUGCUCGAGCCGUGCUUGAAGAGCACAAUCGCGUCUACGAAGGCCGGGCCAUGCGAGUGCAGUUGCGGGACUGUAACCCACCAAAAAACAACUGGAAAUACAGUCGUGGGCGUGGUGGACGCCCCCACCAACAUAACUUUGGAGCUCCGAGACGAAUCAACUACAGACCAUCAUUCAGUUCUCUGGAGAGGCCCUCUUUCCCCUUGAGUCAGGAUAAAUACAACUUCUUAGAGGUCGGGGUAGGCUCUAAGGUUCAGAAUUUACCCCCAAUUCAUGGUUCAUCUCAAAUGGUCCGACCUCCUGGAAACGAUACAUCCUCAACAUGUAAUGCCUCUGAAUCGUCUUCUGUAGACAUUUCUUCAAUCAGCAGGAAUAGCCCUCCGAGAGAAAAUUACCGUGAAUGGUACGAUGACGCCGAGUCUUCUGUGCACACCCCAGAACCGUCUUUGGGGUCUUCAGCAUCCACUAACGCACCUGCUUUCUCGACUUCUCCAUCAUACGGGUAUCCAGUACCAAAUGGCCCUUACUUUUCGCCGCCUUCCUGGGUACAUUCAUAUCCUCCUCAUGUACCCUAUCAAGUCCCUUAUUAUACUGGGUAUUCAAUGUAUCCUCCAACAGCGGUCCAGCCACCGCAGGUUCUGGCUAGCCCUCCUGGAUCGGACAUCGGAGGUCCUGCAGCAGGAUUACAGAACAACUGGCCGCCGGUAGGGAUGUACACUCCUUAUAUCCCAUAUUCUACCAUGCCCUCCAGGACACAGUUGGCUGAACAAGGUCAGCAGCAGGCUCAUGUGCCUCCACAAGCACCGGUCGUCCCAACGGGCUUCAUCCAGAACGAACAAGGUACACUUAUUGCUGUUUAUCAGCCUGAAGCCCUUGAUCAGUAUCUUGCGGGUGCUACACCUAUGCCUGCCAGCGGCGUUGUCUCUACUCAACAAAGGUGGGAAUAUACUGGUCCUCAGUUUGUUGACCCAGGAAUCACAACAUCCAGUUCUUUCGCCCCGCAACACAAUCGCCCAAAAUCAGCCGGAUUGCAUAUUCCUCCGCUUCGAACAUCUGUUACACCACCUCGUGAAAUUGAUAUCAACGUUAGCUCACCUCUCUAUCGCCGACAAGGCCCUGCCAGACGUGAAUCCCAGCAAACACAUGGAUUCAACAGGCCCCCUAAUCAUCAGAGGCCCUUUCACAAUGGUCGUCCCGCUCGAGCCCAUAUGCACUUCCCUGCAAAUAUCAAUGUAACGGACCUCGGACACGCUUCUGCACAGCCGACAACAUCUGGAGACUGGAAUAGAUGGAAUAAUGCACGUUAA